AUGCCAACGGCAGGCACCGAGCGCAGGCCCGGCGGGUCCCGUCGCCGCCAGCGGGGCCGGCUCCGGAGCGAGCGAUGGCCCGGCGGCUCUGCCGGCCGCACCGCUCGCUGCCUGAGGCGGGCCAGGCACUCCCGGCCCGGGGGCGGCGGGCAGAGAUCCCGCUCCUUCCCGGCGCCAAAGCCCGGGCGCCGCGGACUGCGAGGAGCGGAUAACGCGCCCUGCCCUGUGCGAGGGGCGCGGCCCGCACAGCCCGCCGCUCCCGCACGGUUUCCCCGCCGCCCCGCACCUGCCUCCAAGCCCACUGCCUGCUCCGAGCCCCCACCCUGGCGGGCCGCCGCCCUGCCCCAGUGCGGCCCCGCCGCCACCAAGGGAAAGGGACGGGGAAGGGGCAGCGCGCCGCGCCAGCUGCAGGAGAAGGCGGCUCACCCCGCGCCGGAGGGGAGGUCACCCGGCCUGGCUCCUCCUCCACCGCCGGCCGCCACUCGCGGGGCCCGGGCUGCCCCGACGAACGUCUCGCCUUCGGGCGGCGGAGGAGCGGCGCGGCCUCGCUUUGCCCGACGCGGCGGGACCGGGCUAGCGGAGGCGCUCACGACGCUCCUUCCUCAGCCACCGCCGCCAUCUUGGCCGCCACUCCGCCGGGGGCGCGGGGGGCGGUUCCAGGCGGAGGGAUACAGGCACAGACGGAGAGACAGACACUCACCGUUACCUGGUAACAUCCGCCCGCCCAUGCCCUUCCGCACUGCGCGCGCCCCGCCCGACCCGGACCGCGGAGCCCCCGAGAAUCCCCCGCGCAACUGCUUGGCGGUCGGGAGAAGAGCGGUGGGCGAAGAAACUCCAACUCCCAAGAAAUGGCUCCCCAGAGCCAUUUUUCAUUUGGGAUGGAGAAUUCAAAAAGGUACAACAGGCACAAAGGAAUCGUGGAUAGCACUGCAAGAUGCAUGAUUUCCAUCCAUUAGCAUCUUCAGUUUAUUCCUUGGCCAACAAAGAUAAUCCAAGAAGAAACAAAAAACUUCAGUUCUGAAAUGAUAGAUUUGACUUAACCAGGUGUAUCUGCAGAUUCUUCAGAAAA